UGUUUUGGCCCGUGUAUUUUCCGAUAUUUGUUUUGACGUAUCGAUAUUUGAUUGAAAAACAAUGCAUAUCGAUAUUGUUAUCGAAUUAUCAAGCCGCCAACGCCAAAAUGUCUGCAACGUUAAACUUAACAGACGUUAAAAAAAAUUAAGCAACAUUGCGCUGUUGCAAUUGCAACGCGCGGAGGAAGGCAUUUUGAAUUGCGAGGAAAACAUCCUCCAAUUUAAAAAAUCCUUUUUGGGAUGGUUCGUCAAACCAUCGCGGCCUGUACGGAGGACCUGCUCACAACGAAGCCGAUAUACAUCGAAAUCAUUCCUAAUAAAAGGAAAUCGGCCGGUCAACUUUCGGUGAUACUGUGAAGCAGAACUCCGAUCGUGAAGCUCUACGGACAGUGGAAAUGGGCUCAGCCCAGGAAUGGGCCAACCGUGUUUACGUAGGGGACACAAUGCGGAAAUUGAAAGCGGAGAUGAUGAUGCUUCGCGACUGCAUCGAACGAUUCUUCAGUGUAAGCGGUGAAGAUUUCUUCUUAAGCUUCCUACUUUUUGCAGGGCUGGGUUGAAGAAACUGGGUCUUGGGUCUGAGGAAAGUGCAACCUACGUUAUGGUCCUUUUGAAAAACGUCAUUCAAGGAGCAACAAUUGCAGCAGUCAUCAGCUACAUGGCGAUGAUGACGAAUAUGUUUAAAAGUAAUUACUUUUCAAAAAUGCAAAGGAAACACUGACUGCUCAGGGAGGAUUGUUACAACCGAUAUAAUGGAUUUCCUACCUUUAGUCAUUUCCCAACAAUAAAUGAUAUAUCUUAAGCUGGUUACUAUUGAGUUCAAAUAAAUCUCUUGUUCUGUGGCAAUCGAAUGGGUGGCGCUGGCGGAAAACUUCUUGGACUGCUGCUGUGUUUGCAAUGUCUGACAGAGUUGCAUGGAGUCUUUAUAAGGUUCACCAAUGUAACCUGCGAGAGCAAGGACCUCACCAUGAGUAUCGUGGAGUACUGUGCGGUUACUACGCUGAGCAAGAAUAAAAACAGCAUUAGCCUUCGGUACGCUAUGCUCAAGCCUGUGUUUAGAAAUAUAGAGAUUUACUUUCAGCUGAUGACCAGGGGCAGUGAAAGUAUCCACGCCGUUUCAAACUGGCAGCCCUUCCUCUAUACGAUGAAACUUGAUUUGUGUCGAUUCUGGAAAAACCACCACAACUAUUUGGCCAGGAUGGUGUUUGAAUUCAUCGAUGGGCACACGAACAUGAACCACACUUGCCCCUACACGAAAGAAAAAUACAUUUCCAUUGAUGGUUUGACGAAUACCGAAGUCUCCGCCAAGAUCCGUGGAGUGCCAAUGCCAAAGGGUUUCUACGCCUUGUUCACCAAGUGGUCCACUGAAAACAUAACUCGGGUUCUGACCAACUAUUACUUUGAAGUUAUCAGCCCUUGAUGUUGAUAUACCACUGAAAAAAAUGAUGAGAAACAAAAAGGUGUUCUAUGAAUAAAAAUUCAUGAAAAUUGUCUAUUGGUGGUGAUGAUAAUGGUAAAAAAAAAAAAGCUUAAUGCAUAGA